UUAUCAAUUCCAAUUCGGAUCUGAAAACCGUAUCAGCCAUGUCAUCAUCACAAACUGAAAUAUUUACACAAAGCGGUGCUAUCGAAAUGAUGGAAAUGGAGUUGGAAAUGAAGGAGUUCAGUUCCUGCGCUCAAUCGGAGACCAAUUUGGAUGCCCAGCAGAGACUUUUGGAUACCCAGGCCCAGGUGGACGAGGUGGUCGGCAUAAUGCGGGUGAAUGUGGAGAAGGUCCUGGAACGCGAUCAGGCGCUAUUGGAACUAUCCGAACGAGCUGACCAACUGGAACUGGGAGCCUCUCAGUUUGUUCGACAGUCUGGGAGAUUGAAACGCAAACACUGGUGGGCCAAUGUGAAGAUGAUGAUAACCCUGGGCAUAAUCGCAGUAAUUCUACUCGCUAUAUUACUGGUUUACAUCUGGCCAACUGGCAGUGGCGAUGUAGCAAAGGUCAUCACCGAAGGACCUCAGAAGUAACUGCUGUUGGAUGAAGAAAAUGGAACACACCUGUUAUGUGAUUCCUAGAACUUUACUUUGUUAUAACUAACAGAUCCACACAAGUGUUUAUAUUUUUCCCAAUUUAAAAUACAGAACUAUA